AAGUGGUUCGCGGUAGGCCCUCAGGAUCCUACAUUUAUGCGUUUGUCUGUGGACAUUGGACAAUCGUCAACAUUUUGAGGUUGUAAUUGAUUGUUUGCAAUUUAAUUUGUUUUCAGUGUAGAAAAUUACACGUUAAUUUCGAUUUGAAUCGUAGUUGCUUAGCAGUUUUUUGCCAAGUAAUUAAACAGAUAUCCACUUUCGUUGAUCGCGUGGGCCGAGCUGUAGCGAGAAAGAAAUAUCGCAUUUACGAUAUUUUUGUAUGAUAUAGGAGGCAAACGAGCAGACAGAUCGCCUAAUGGUGGUUACUGUUACCGGCUUGUGAGCACACAACAACAUGCCUCUAGAGACAGCGUGUGUUAAGGCAGAGGCAGUGUAUGUGAAGACAGAACUUGUAGAGGUGUGUGUGAAAGUGGAGCCUGAAGAGGUGUGUGUUAAGACAGACCCUGGAGAGAUGUGUGUUACAACAGAGCCUGGGGAGGUGUGUGUAAUGAUAGAACCUGGAGAGGUGUGUGUAAAGACAGAACCUGGAGAGUUGUGUGUGAAGGUGAAGUCUGGAGAGAUGUGUCUGAAGACGGAGCAGGAAGGGACAGACAGUGCGGGCUCGUGCAGAGUGGGCGCGGCGUCUGCGCGGGCCGGACUGUAUACCAACCAUGAUGUCAAGAACGAGCUCAUGGUGGACCCCGAGGAGUGGCACCACCCUCAGGUGCUUCCACUACAAGUGUGUUCGGACGGCGCCGCCCGCGCCAGGGAACAGCUCGAUGCAGCAUGUUCCGUGGUGCGCGAGUGCCUCCCCGGCGACGCGACUGUUCACAGUAGAAACAAACUAUCUGGCUGUGAAUACUGCGGCAUGCGUUACAGAAAUAAGACUAUUUUAAAGAAACACAUACAAGACACACACUUACCGACCGGGUCUUCACUUACUUUUACCGAAGACACAUUUUCUUGUGGUUUUUGCAGUUCGACGUUUCAGACUAAAUUGCGUGUGUUAGAGCACGAAAAAAGCGAACAUGAUGUUACAAAUUUUAUGUGUGAUGUAUGUGAGUAUACAACUAGGUCCAAGAGAAGUUUACAGACACAUCUAAAGCGUCAUUCUGUGGACGUUUUUAACUGUAGUCACUGUAGUUACACUAGUCUGUUUAAAAAUUAUUUACACAAACACCAAGCGAUGCACCGAAACAAUUUUAGGUGUGCCGAAUGUGAUUUCAAAUGCAGUUUUAAACUAGAACUGCGACGUCACCAGAAGACACACAAAAGAAUACAUCGUAAGAUACAAAGGGGAGAGAAACUCUUACAUCAAUGUGGUUACUGUGAUUACAAAGCUAGUAGAAAAUAUCAUUUACAAAACCACAUAAAGAUACACACUGGCGAGAAACCUUUCACAUGUAGCUACUGCGAUUACAAAUGCAUUCAGAAUGCAAGCCUACAGAAACACCUGAUGAUACAUACCGGGGCGAAGCCAUUUAAGUGUAGCGAUUGCGAAUACAGGUGCAGACAGAAAGCAAACUUGCUGUAUCACCAGAGGAUACACACCGGAGAGAAACCGUACACAUGUAAUCAAUGCGACUACAAGUACAGUGAUCUGUCAAGCUUACGCAGACACGAAAUGACACAUACUAGUCAGAAGCCCUUUCAGUGUAACCACUGUGAUUACAAAUGCAUUCGGAAAUCAACUUUAAAAACACACCUGAUGAUACACACUGGGGCGAAACCAUUUAAAUGUAGCAAUUGCGAAUACAAGAGCAAUAGGAAAGAAAACUUGCUAAAACAUCAGGUGAUACAUACUGAGGCGAAGCCUUUUAUUUGUACCCACUGCGACUACAGGAGUGCAUAUAAAUAUGAUUUACAAAGACAUCUAAGAAAGAAACAUUCCGGUGAAAAAUCCUGAAAUUAUUACCCAAACAUAUGUCGGGUGCGGGCUUUGUGAUGUACGUGUCGUGGUUCCUUUGCACGGCACAAUGUGUCCCCGACGGCGCGGGGCGCGCGGGGGAGGGGAGGGGGGGGGGAGAGGCUGCUUAAAACUACUACCGUAAAACCACCCAACUAUAGUCCAAUACUGCAACUAUGGUCCACAAGUUCAAAAGGAAAUUAAGUAUAUAUACCAAUGUUCCUUGUGGUUUACUCCUAGUUUUACCUUCCAUUUAUAAACAUACUUUGCCUUAGAACUACAAAAAUAUAGUAAAAUACACACAUGAACGACAAAAAUUGAGUUUAUUUGUGGACCAUAGUUGGGUGGUUUUACGGUACUUAAAAUAUAUGAAAACCUAUAACCUGUUAGCAUAUGUGUCAACACUCAAUACAUACGUUUUUUUUAUUCUGUUUAUUUAUUUUUUCACGGGUUAAAAAACCAAUACCAGUUUUGAAUUUUUGACACUACACCAUACAUCUUUGAAUGAAUAAAAACUCACAUGAAAUAAAACGUUGAUGAUGUUAA